AUGGUGGACUGUGUGAAGCACACUGUGCUCGCUUGCUGCUUACAGGCCGUUGGACCUUUGUCCGGAAAAUGCGAAGGAGUUAGCUUUCAAAUGGAAGCCACGCAAUUGUCCGCGAGCAACCUCGACAGCUGUGGUAUCAACGGCGCUGAGUACAACGUGAAAUACUGUUCGGACCAGGAUGAGUUCGUGGUGCAGAUCACCAAGCCCAUGCAGCUCGAUGUGACUCUGAAGCGCACCAGCUGCACAGGGAUGUUUGGUGUAACACCUCCAAGCCUGGUGUCCGCACCUGUGGUGCCUCUGAAGCCGAGCCUUUUGGCCACGGGGACAGAGUGCACUGGCACCGGCAAGCUUCCAACCACCAAGAAGUGCUACGAGGGGAAUCUUUUGGUGGAGACCUUCAAAGUUGAGCUGUUGGAGUCAGACGGCACGAGCGGUUCACUGGACAUGGAGGCCAUUGGUCCUUUGUCCGGAAAGUGCGAAGGAGUGAGCUUCCAAAUGGAUGGAAUGCAAUUGUCCGCGAGCAACCUUGCCAGCUGUGGUAUUACCGGAGCGGAGUACGACGUGAAGUACUGUUCGGACCAGGAUGAGUUUGUCGUGCAGAUCACCAAGCCCAUGCAGCUCGACGUGGUUCUGCAAUCCCACGCUUGUGCGGCAAGCCUGGCAGCUGUAACGCCACCAGUUGUGGCCAUUCCACCUGCAGCCCUGGUGGCGCAGGAAGAACAGCGUUUUUGUUCAGGUGCUGGUAGCCUGCCGAAGGGCACCAGUUGCUACAGAGGCAGCUGGUUGGUGGAAGACUUCUAUGUGAAGGUCAAAAGCUACAGCUCCACCUCCGGCCGAGUGGACGUGACAGCGAGCGGGCCCAAGAAAGGCCAUUGUUAUGGUGUAAGCUACAGGAAGUCUGGGCAGAACAUCUACUUGAACUACGCCAAAUGUGGCUUCAACAACUUGAGCUUCAGCGUCCAGUACUGCUCCAACCAAAAUGCUGUUAAAGUGCACAUCUCUGCACCGGUGAUCGGCGAUGUGAUGCUGAGCCGCUCUGGCUGCUAG